AUGGCCCACACUCCCAAAGACAGCUGCCUGGGCGAGGUCCGACAUCACCGCCAGUCCCCGGCGCCCCGGCGAGUCGGUAGGAUGCGCGAGAACGCCGGCGUGACGUCGCCCGGACGCAAGCCGCGGCUCACACAAUCGGCAAGGUCCAAGGGCAGCCGCCUGCCGAGGCAGCCGCAUCCCGGCCCGAGGGCGAGCUUGCUGCUGAGCGGCCCGAGGGCGGGCGUCAACCCCGUGCAGGUCCAGUUCUCACGGGUCGGAUCGAUGGAUUCGGAGCAAAGGACCGUGUCGAGGGAUGCGGGGCUCGACGAGGAGAUCGAUCUUCUGGAGGUGGAGGUGGAGGCUCUGAAGGAGGAGCGGGACAGGGCGCUGUCGAUAGGUGGGCGCUUCGCGACUGAUGCCGUCCUCUGGGGCACAGCCUGUGGGUGUCACGUUGCGACAUCUGCGCGUGCGACAUGGGUUAGUCGAUGUGGUGUUGGUGGUCUGGAUUGCAGGCUCCUGGUGUCGUCCCCAAGGAAGCACGUGUGUGCAGGGCUAAAGGGCACUCGUUUGGACUAA